GUUCGGUUUGUUUGAUUGGUUCAAAAUCAAUAAAUUAGAUUAUAAUAAUUUUUGAAUGUCGGCCGUCUUCCAUUGUUUUCCGUACUUUCAUGCGUCAUUUGCGAGGCUCUGGAGGCUAUCCUCGUGAUCAUAGAGUGUCAUCUCGUUCAUGCUGCUUCUCGCAACCCAGGGGUUUAAUACCAAGAAAUUUAGGGAUUUGGUAUCCUCGACCAUCACUUUCUCGACCACCUGGAAUAAUUCAAGAUGUUCGACUAAGUAACUUUCCCGGUAUUCCUCGUCUACCACUCCUAACACAGUUGACUUUGCGUCCUCAACAUUCAAGUCGGAUUCGAUCGAAAAGAGAGCAACCGUUUGGUCGAAGUCGCUUUCUUCACAGGCGGAAACAGAGUGUUCCAGCCUCAAAGAGUGUUCUGAACCCAAGUGACCCUUUGAACUUGCAUGAUCUUAUGAAGGAAACGGAGCGUCGUCGAGUGGAAGGGCUGUCUCCUUUACGUGGUGACUCACGAAUGAAUACACCUGCAGUAAGUGUAGCGGGUGAUUUUGAUUGCGGUAGUCCUCAAAACCCCACAUUGCAGCUGUCAGAUACAUCUAAAGCUCCAGCAUCUCCUCUGCUUAACACUCGGAAAUCAGAAUUUUCCUCUAAAGGACAUAUUCAUCGUCUGCUUCGUAGGCGUCCUGUUCGGAGCUCGAAAUUCUAUACUGUUAGCCGUCGAACCAGAGGAUUCGUCCCUACAACAGGGAACUACAUUGAUUAUUACCGUCGUCGUGAUCCAAAUGAUAGACUUCCCUAUUUAAUGCCUGAAUGGUUUGUGGGUAAGGAUGUAGCAGACUAUGGAUGUCACAAUGGGACCCUAACGUUUGGUGUACUUGAAAGGUUUCCAGAUGUUGCAAAAAUUGAUGCUUUUGACUGUGAUGCAGAAUUAAUAGCUAAUGCUCAGAGUAUGCAAAGGGAGAGAUUACGGUGGGAUACAGGGUCGAAUGUGAGAUAUGAAAAAAUUAACUUCCAAGUUGCAAACUGGAUUGAUGAAUCCACUGCAAACGAUGAACCUGAAUAUGAUACAAUAAUGGCUUUCAGUGUUACAAAAUGGAUUCAUUUAAACCAUGGUGAUCCUGGUUUAAUGAGGUUCUUCAGACGCGCCUUCAACCGCCUUAAACCUGGUGGACACUUAAUUCUAGAACCACAACCUAAAUCUUCCUACAAAAGAACACGGUUGACGGCUAAACACAGGUCCAUUUAUGAAUCUCUAAAAAUCAAUCCAUCAAAUCUGGAACCCUUAUUGGUUGACUUGGGUUUCUCUUACUUUGAUACCAUCAAGGCUCCUAGACCUAAUGAACCAUUUCGGCGGAAAAUUAUUUUAUGUUCAAAGUCUUAUGGUGCAACUCCUGCUUCAAUCCGAAAUGAUCUUCGGUCUGAAGUGAAGAAUUGGCAAGAUUUUAACUCACCUCAUAGUCCACAUGGACGAGAACCUCCACCGGUGUGUUAUCAUCCUCAAACACCUAUUUACAAUAUUGAUACUCCUCCUGUUACAAACACUUCUCCGGGCAAUAGAACUGCAGGUGUUUCCAGUACAGUUUUAAGUCCAUCUGUUACUUCGAAUGUUUCUCCACCUGUUGAAAUCGUCAGCUCAUUACCAACUCCUAACUGUGAACCUGACUCAACUUCAGCAUGAUAACCAGCAGCUUUGUACAUAAUCAACAGAAACAGUUGACAUGCAUAUAAAAAUCCUUGUACAGUUUAUCUUGUAUAAUAUAUUUAAAAGCAUUACUUAUAUAUAUGUGCUUACCAGAUUAUUUACUAAAACAAGUUUGAUUCAUUUUUCGAUUUUUUUUCUCAUGGUAAUCUGGGUUUACUUAUGCGGGUCUCAGUAAGCUAUACACUUUCUGUGUUGUUAUUUUAUGCACUUGAGGAACAUACUUUGUUCGGUUUACAGUCUGUUGAGAAUUGAGUUGUAUUGUAUUAUAUUUUGUAGUGAACGGUUGUCUACAGAACUCUACUGGGUUUGUUACUCAUGUUUUCGCUACAUUUACACAAUUGUAUUUUAUAAGGUAGCCAGUAGAUAUGUGUAAUUAUACGCUUUAAAUCACUUGAAUGAAUGAAUGAAUGAAUCAGGUGUUAGUUCGAUUCGAUUGUAUUUGAGUUCUAUUGAAUACUGUUAACGUUUUGUUAUAAGUUUGUGAUAAUUUAGUUAUCCAAAAGUAACUGUUGAUA